AUGGCGGCAAUGAAUGGCGGAGAUGGAUGGAAUCCAUUGCGGUUAGUGCAGGAUGGAAUCAGUCAAUCAAUCAAUCCGUUUCCCAACAUCUAUUACCGGGAUUUUGAGAUUGUCAAGGUUAGUGCAGUUAAUGAAGGUAUUCCUCCUAAUCGAAUCCUACGUCAGCUUCCAGCAGGACCAAUGCUGAUUUUACCUGUCGGUCCAUUGCUUCAAUAUCCCGCUGCUGCUCCAGAAGGCGAGGAGCAGCAUCAGAAUAUUGAUCUCAUACAAUGGCUGGCAGAGAAAGAAGAACAUUCAGCCUUUUUUGCUUCCUUUGGGAGUGAAUAUUUUUUGACCAAGGAAGAGAUCAUAGAAAUUGCUUUCGGGCUGGAGCUUAGCGACAAUGUUAAUUUCAUAUGGGCCCUAAGGUUACCAAAAGGGGAGGAAAACAGGGUUCAACUUGAGCAGAUUUUACCUGAGGGUUUUCUUGAGAGAGUGAGAGAUAGGCGUAGGGCUGUUCAAGGAGGGGCACCACAAGCAUUGAUUUCAGGCCAUUCCAGUAUUGGUGGAUUUAUAUCUCAUUGUGGUUGGGGUUCAGUAUUAGAAGCAAUAGAAUUUGGUGUUCCAAUUCUAGCCAUGCCAAUGAACUAUGAACAGCCUCUCAAUGCCAGGCUGAUGGUGGAAAAUGGUUUAGCAGUGGAGAUCAUGAGAGAUGAAAAGGGAGACUUGUGA